AUGUAAGAAGGAUUUUAGACGCAGAUCUGUGUUUAUUACCGGUCGAUGUGGUUGUAAACCAGCUUGUAGGAUCUGAUGCGGAGACACAGAACAUCCGGCUCGGUUCCGAAACUUUAAGGAUAUUCGGUUUGUUAAACAGUCGAGAAGAAGGAAUCCGCGAAUUUAAAUCGAUCCUGCGUCCAUCAUGGGGAAGUCCAAGCAAACGGGAAACCACAAGAGUGACAAGAAGAAGAACAUCGCAAAGACGUGGAAGACGAAACGCAGAACCAAAGAUCUGGACCAGAUCCACUCGGACAUGAAGCCCGAGACGGCGGCCAAGCUGCUGCAUCAGGAGGUGGACUACGACGUGACGGGAUGUGCACAGCACUACUGCCUGCACUGCGCGAGAUAUUUCGUGGACAUGAGGUCGCUGAAGGAGCACUUCAAAACCAAAGUGCACAAAAAGCGGUUGAAACAGCUCAGAGAGGAGCCCUACACUCAGGCUGAGGCGGAGAGAGCAGCAGGGAUGGGCUCCUACAUCCCUCCAAAGCCUGUGGAGGUGAAGACACAGCCGCUGGAGGAGGACAUGGACUGAGCAGCGCCUGCUUUCAUUCAUGGACUGAUUGACUCUACAACAGAGGCAUUACCAGUGUGCUUCUGUUACUGUGCUGUUGUCACAAAUCCCAGAAGCUUUGCUUGGUGCUUUUUGUGACAAGUGAUGCUCGUUCUUCAGCCAGCUGUGAUGUGGUUGUUUAACUUUAAAUCCUGAAGACGCGUCCUUAUUCUAUAUGGUCUAAUGCAACGUACAGCGAUGUAAAUACGGAGUACAGAAGAACUGUGGGGAGGAUAAUAAACUAUAACUGGUUUCAGUUGGUUGCGUGUA